UGUCAUGUCGGCAAUAUUAUGAGGUUUGGGAAUUAAUCAAAUCAAAUCAAAACAAACCACAAAGGGCAAAAGGGGCAGAAUUCUUUGAAUAUAUUAACAAAAAAAUAAUCGUUUAAUAAUUUAUUCAGUGAUGAUUGUAGUUUAGUUCCUGUACUUUUUAAAAGACUCAUCAACAUGACUUCUCAGAAUAUCUCCAAUUUUUCAUAUUGCCCGCCCAAUGCGCCAAUAUGGAAUGUUUGGGUUGACAAUGGAGUCAAUGAAUGUUUUAUGGAUACAGUUACAAGUUCUGUGAUAGCAGGGUAUAUACUUAUAGCAGGUAGUAUACAAUUAUACAUAUAUAAAAAGUAUGGAACAGAUGUCUCUCCAAACCAUUUGCCCAAGUCAAAACUCUAUCAUUUACAGUUGUUCCUUACGAUUUUUCUUCCUGUUUUGGAAAUUAUUAGAUUUGUCUUAGCAGUUACAGUAUUUAAGGAUUCUAGGUUAUAUGGAUAUAUGAUAUCUUAUUUGGUAUUACUACUAUUUUCAUAUAUUUUUUCGAUAACGGUCAUUAGAGUUGAAAGACACAAUAUGUUACCUUCAGUACCAACUCGAGGACACGGAAUCGUUUUAUUAGUAUUUUGGACCUUAAUAUUCGUAUCUCAAAACUUGUUAUUUUUAAAUUUAAAUCGAAAAGGAUGGUGGUUCCAGCUCCAAGGGUUGGAAAACAAGGUUGAAAUGUCUCUGUUCGUUCUGAGAUAUGUUUCAGCUUUACUUUUGUUUCUAUUGGGAUUGAAAGCUCCAGGAAUAAUCCGAAAUAUUGAUUACUUUAGCUUGGAUGAUUCGUCUCGAAAUCCUCAUGCGGUUGCUAACCAAAACCCAUCAACAUGGAAGAACUUCUGGAAAAAGAUGCGAACUUUGAUGCCGUUUAUGUGGCCGAAGAAGGAUUUAAUGCUGCAGUUUCGGGUGCUUUUUUGCGUUUUGCUUCUUGUGGCGGGCAGAGUGGUGAAUGUGUAUGUGCCUAUUUAUAACGGGCUAAUUGUUGAUUCAUUGGGUGAAACUAAAAAACAAGAACCUACUUUUAGAUGGGACUGGAUCCUGGUUUAUGUCGCUUUUAAAUUUCUCCAAGGUGGUGGUACUGGAGGCAUGGGUCUUUUGAAUAACUUAAGGUCCUUUUUGUGGAUCAGAAUUUCUCAAUAUACUACAAGAGAAACAGAGGUUGAACUUUUCAGGCACCUUCACAGCCUCUCCCUAAGAUGGCAUCUCAGUCGUAAAACCGGCGAAGUCCUAAGAGUGAUGGAUAGAGGAACAGAUAGUAUUAACAAUUUGUUAAACUACAUAUUUUUCUCUAUUGCGCCGACGCUUAUUGAUAUUGUGGUAGCUGUGGCUUAUUUCUGUAGUGUUUUCAACAUUUGGUUUGGAUUAAUUGUUUUUCUCACCAUGAUUUUGUAUAUUGCAAUUACGGUAUGGGUGACUGAGUGGCGGACGAAAUUCGUAAGGAGAAUGAAUCUCGCAGACAACGAAACGAAAGCUCGAAGUGUCGAUUCGCUACUGAACUUCGAGACUGUUAAGUAUUACGGUGCUGAGGCGUUCGAAGUAGAAGCAUUUAGAGAUGUCAUUUAUAAAUUCCAGGCGGAAGAAUGGAAAUCGAACGUUACCCUUAACCUGCUGAACACAGUGCAAAACAUAAUAAUUUGCAGCGGUUUAUUGGCGGGCAGUUUGCUGUGUGCUUACAUGGUUGCUGAUAAGCAUACCCUACGUGCUGGUGAUUAUGUGCUCUUCGCUACUUAUAUUAUACAGCUUUACGUUCCUCUAAAUUGGUUUGGAACAUAUUACAGGUCUAUACAGAAAAAUUUCAUAGAUAUGGAAAACAUGUUUGAUCUUCUAAAAGAGGAAGAAGAAAUAAUCGACGCUCCGGGAGCCGGUCCUUUGACAAUCCGAAGUGUAUACGGGGUCGAGUUUAAUAACGUUUCAUUCAGUUAUGUACCCGAGAGAUUAGUGCUUAAGAAUAUUACAUUUUCAGUGCCUUCUGGGAAAACAGUGGCUUUGGUGGGGCCUUCUGGUAGUGGUAAAAGUACAAUAAUCAGACUUUUAUUCAGAUUUUACGAUACUGAAACUGGAGCAAUAUUAAUAGACGGACAAAAUAUAAAGACGGUUACGCAGCAGUCAUUGAGGAGAGUCAUUGGAGUGGUGCCUCAAGACACUGUUUUAUUUAAUAAUACUAUAAAAUAUAAUAUACAGUAUGGUAGACUUACAGCCACGGAUGCCGAUAUUAUUGAAGCUGCCAGAGGGGCAGAUAUUCACGAUAGAAUUUUGACUUUUCCUGAUCAGUAUGAUACUAUGGUUGGUGAAAGAGGACUAAGGCUGAGUGGCGGAGAGAAACAAAGAGUAGCUAUUGCGAGGACGAUAUUAAAAGCUCCCAAUAUAGUUCUUUUGGAUGAAGCCACUAGCGCUUUAGAUACUCAAACUGAAAGGAAUAUACAGGAGUCGUUGAAUAAAAUGUGCGCAAAAAGAACAACGAUAAUCGUCGCGCAUAGAUUGUCAACUAUUAUACAUGCCGACGAAAUAUUAGUUUUAAAGGAUGGAGAAAUUGUAGAACGGGGAAAACAUGAAAAUUUAAUAGGACAAGAAGGAGUAUACGCCCACAUGUGGAAGCAACAGCUAGAAAAUAAAGACACGUCUUCCGUAGAAAAUAGUUUAGAUCAAAGUACAUAAUAUUAAGGUUUUAAUAUUUUGGUGUAGGUAGUAGGUAUUACGGUUUUUACUUACGUGAAUAAUUUAUCAAAGGUAAAGUUAGUUGGUUAAUUGGACAUAAUUAUAUAUAAAUUAAAACGCUAUUUAUAUAUAUACGAACUAUUUUGAUCAAUUUAAGGGAAUUAUACUUGUCCAUUAGAAUAUGCAAUAAAAUGUUGAUAUGUCAUCACUGUAUAAUUUAGGUAUUAUUGUAACAAUACCUAUUUUAUGGUAUUAUUUUAUUUGAUUUUUGAAGAAUUAAAAAAAAUGAACGAGAUAGUGAUACAAAAACAGGCAUCAAUAUAAGAAUCGUUAAAAAAAACUAAAUGACUGAAUUAGAAAGAUGUAAAAUUGUUGUUGAAGUAAUUUUUCUUUUAGACUUUUUUAAUAUUUAAAAAUAAUCAUGUUUUUUCAUGACACAAUAAUAUAACAAAUAAAAAAAUACACUAUUUGUUCUAUUUUUAAGAGAUGGUUUUUUAUUUAUUCUUAUUGACAAAAUACUAGUUUUUGUUUAAUUUAAUUUCGUUCCUAUUUAAAAUAAUAAAAAAAGAAACUAAAAAUUCCAUCACUAUUGCCAUUUUAAUUGCGCUGUGCAUCUUUUUGAAUACAAAUUGGAAUUUAUCCAACGAUCCAAAUGUAUCCAAAACAACCGUGAAUUUUUAAAUUAUACACCAUUCGUCAACAGAAAAGCUCUUUCAUUACACACUGACUUUGCGCUGAACGGAAACUUUGUGCUUAAAACGGAAUUUACCUUGCAUAUGUAAAUGUAUAGGGUCCAUAUUAAUAAAAUUUAAACAUGAGGAAUUACUUUUCUAGAAUGAUCUGAUUUGAUAAAUGGUUGUUAUAACCCUUGAUUACCCAUGCAAUAAACGAUUAAAUAAGAAACGUAAAAGUGAUAAAAACAUAAAAUAUUUAUUAGCUACAUGUUAAAAUAAAUAUUUUGAUAGUUUUUUUACAAAUGUAACUGACCAAUGAAAAAGUAAAAACUAAUAAGUUGUAUUGGACAUUCUGUUUAAAUAUAAAAAUUAGUCAGUUUCCUAGUAGAGCAAUCUCUACUUUGUAUCAGUUUUAUAUGAGUAGAAAAUCUUACACAUUAAUUUAAACUGUAAGUUGUUUAACACCAGGACAACCAUUAAAAAUAUUUUUUUACAUUUGUUAAUAAUUCGAAACUAGGCAUUUUCAUUAUUACAUUUGAUAAAGGUUAGUUUUACAGUAUUAUAGGAAAUGUUAAAAAUGUGUUAGGAUAAAUGCUUCUUUUGGCAUUACAGUUCUAUUGAAUUGUUUGACUUUUGGUAUAGUUAACUCAACCAAUAUUCUAUUUUCGGGUCAAAUGUACCGCUAAAAGACUCCGCCUUCUUUGAUGACAAAAAUAACCGUAAAAUAGAUUGGUAGAGCGAGCUAUACGUGAUUUUCUAUGGCAACGUGUAUAAUUUGUUUGUACUUUCUAUGUCCUUCAUGUUAUACCAAUUCCAUUCAUCGUAAAGUACUUGUCGGAAUUUGCUUGCUUGAUGUUUGUCUCUUCCACUACUGGUGCUUAAAUCUGAUUAAUAUUAAAUUUUGUCUCAAUUACAAAUAUGCCAGGAUGUCUAGGCAAUGUAUGUUCGUGAUCUGUGUAUACUAUCAAGUUAUGGAAUGCGUAAGCCGCCUGCAGUUCAAUUUUGGCCCGUAGUAAAAUUAUUUGAUAUAAUUUAUCAUGCUAUUACAUCCAGUGCUGUUAAUUUUUUGGUAUAAGUUGUAAAUUAAACACCAUUAUAUAUUUGACAAACGUGUAUUAUUUAUUAAAUCUGACCACGAACUUUAUAAAUAUACCUGGACUACUAAUUCAAUGAAAAGUAAAUGACCACUACUAGGUGGCCGCCAUUUUGCGGGAUUUGUGUCCUUUUGAUGUUGGUCACUCUGACAAAUUUCAGUUGUGCCAAUUGUAGGGAAACAACAAUUACAGUUUUUGAUCACAAAAACAAAAUAGAAAGUCACAUUUAAAUAAGAAUUUAAGAUAGUUGCGUUAGAUCUGAGAUUUUUCUUGUACUCCUUUAAGAAUUUCGUUAAAAUUUAUGAAUGAAAAUAAUCCUCACCUAAAAUGAGACAAAGUUUCAAUUAACUCGGGAUAGAUGCAUGCACUUUAAAAUAUUGGUUUUAUUAUUCUGAUAUACUUGAAUCUUAUAAAUCCUAAUACAUUAAAAAUGAUGAUGAGUCAAACGUCAGCGUCGUCAAUUUCAUUUCCGUUAUUUAAUAUAUUUUUUGUUGGCGACACUGAAAAUGUUCAGAGUGACCAACAUCAAAAGGACACAUCUUUGGGUCUGGUGGCCAUAUGCAUUAACAGUCCAGGUAUAUUUAUUAAGUUCGUGAAUCUGACCUAUUAUUAUCCUUACGCAAUUUUUAUAUGUUUGAAAAUGAUUAUUUUAUCGCUACCUAUAGGUGGUGAGCUACUGGUUUUGAUUUGAAUGUGUGAACAUUAACAAGAAAAUUAUGUUACUGGUUGCUGAGUUUUGUUUUGCUAUUUAGAUAGAAUAUAUUAGGUAAUAUUUUGCUAUACUUGUAGUGAAUUAUAAACAUGUUAAUCAGAA